UUAACUCCAUGGGAAAGAUACUUUGAGAGCAACAAACAAAUUUAGUUGAGUCUUGGACGUCCUCGGAAGUGGUUUAGUUUUGCGGUGUUUAUUGUGAUACUAUAGUUGGAGAAAACAAAAGCAAGAAAAAAGAAGUUCAGAGUAAAUGCUGGCUGUUAUAGACACACCAAAUCCACCUCUGCAAUGAUGCAUUGAAUUCUAAUUUUUUUAAAAUUUUUGAUGAGAACUUAACAAAAUUAACAUAAAAUCACUUAAAGGAUUUUUUAUAAAAUUAAAAUUAAUUAAAAAGAAUAAUACAAAUUCAAUAUGAAACAAAUUACUUGGGGCUAUAAGUGGAGAAGCACGAUGAAUCUGUUAGUGUCCUACACGUGUUUAAUAUUUUUAAUAGCCCAAAAUGCGCCGACCAUUGCAGUAAGCCAUGGAGCAACGACAUAUAUGGCUGCGCUUGAAUGUAACGACGGUUACGGAAGACCACAAAAAUGUAUGCCGGAAUUUAUUAAUGCAGCUUAUCAGUUGCAAAUUGAAUCUACAAAUACUUGUGGAGAAUUAGGCGAUAAUCACUUCUGCAUACAAACUAUGAAUCCGAAUCAUAAAAAUUGUGAAUUUUGCAGAUAUGAAGAUCACAAUCCCGUGUAUUUGACUGAUUUGCAUGAUCCGCAAAAUCCGACUUGGUGGCAAUCGGAGACGAUGUACGAGGGCAUACAACAUCCAAACCAUGUUAACCUUACACUCCACUUGGGCAAAUCAUAUGAUAUCACAUAUGUGCGCAUUUUAUUCCGCUCGCCACGGCCCGAAUCUUUUGCUAUCUACAAACGAACAUCGCAGAGCGGACAAUGGAUACCGUAUCAGUACUAUAGUGCAACGUGUCGUGACACAUAUGCGUUGCCGGACUCACGUGCCAUACGCAAAGGCGAGGGAGAAGCACAUGCGCUCUGCACCAGUGAGUACAGCGACAUCUCACCAUUGCGAGAUGGUGAAAUCGCUUUCUCAACACUCGAAGGUCGUCCGAGUGGCAUCAUAUUUGAGCGCAGCAUUGAGCUACAGGACUGGGUUACUGCUACUGAUAUCCGCAUUACGCUUGAUCGUCUUAACACAUUCGGCGACGAAGUAUUUUAUGAUCCGCAAGUACUGAAAUCUUAUUUCUAUGCCAUAUCAGAUAUUGCAGUUGGUGCACGUUGCAAGUGCAACGGGCAUGCAAGUAAGUGUGUAGCAAGUACAGGUAUGCAUGGCGAACGUUCUUUGGUUUGUGAGUGCCGGCACAACACUGAUGGUCCGGAUUGUGAGAAAUGCCUUCCACUUUACAAUGAUGUCAAAUGGAAGAGGGCAACAUCCACCGAAGUGAAUGAGUGUAAAGCUUGUAACUGCAACGGGUAUGCCGAUAAGUGUUUCUUUGAUGCACAUCUCUUUAACACAACUGGUCAUGGCGGCCACUGUUUGGAUUGUCGUGAAAAUCGCGAUGGUCCUAACUGUGAACGUUGUAAAGAGAACUUUUACAUGCGGGAAGAUGGUUAUUGUACCAAUUGUAAUUGCGACCCUACUGGAUCACGCUCACUACAGUGCAACAGCCAAGGCAAAUGUCAAUGUAAACCAGGUGUAACCGGAGAUAAGUGCGAUCGAUGUGCAAGUAAUUUUUAUCAGUUCGGUUUGCAUGGUUGUCAACCUUGUGGAUGCGACCCUCGUGGUUCAUUUGAAAAUAUGCCAACUUGUGAUCCUGAAAGUGGCAUUUGUUAUUGCAAGGAAAAUGUUGAAGGAAAACGUUGUAAUGAAUGUAAGCCUGGUUUUUUCAACUUGGACAUUAUAAAUCGUUUUGGUUGCACUCCUUGCUUCUGUUAUGGACAUACGUCAGAAUGUCAAACUGCACCCGGAUAUUCGGUAGUGUCGAUCACUUCCAAUUUUAACAAACACAAAGAGCGUUGGACUGCGAUUGACUUAUACAACCGUGAUGUUGAUAUUAAGUACAACCAGUAUAGUCGAAGCAUUGGCACUACAGCACAAGGAAAUGAAUAUGUAUACUUUCAGGCACCAGAACGAUUUUUAGGUGACCAACGUGCCUCAUAUAAUCGUGAUAUAAAGUUUAAGUUGCAAUUAGUGGGACAAGUUGGACCUAGCACGAGUGCAAGUGAUGUUAUACUUGAAGGUGCAAAUACAAAAAUUUCUUUGCCUAUAUUUGCCCAAAACAAUGGCAUGCCAGAUCAAGGAGUUAAAGAAUAUUCGUUCCGUUUGCACGAACAUCGUGACUAUCAGUGGCAACCCAGUCAGUCGGCAAGAGGAUUUUUAUCCAUACUGUCGAAUUUAACUGCUAUUAAGAUUCGUGCCACAUAUUCCGUGCAAGGUGAAGCUAUUUUAGAUGAUGUCGAAAUGCAGACUGCACAUCGUGGUGCUGCUGGACAGCCAGCUACUUGGAUUGAACAAUGUACUUGUCCGGAAGGAUAUUUGGGUCAGUUUUGUGAAUCAUGUGCUCCAGGCUACCGUCACAGUCCAGCACUUGGUGGCCCGUUUAUGCCUUGUAUACCUUGUGAUUGUAACGGUCAUGCUGAAAUAUGCGACUCUGAGACUGGUCAUUGCAUAUGUCAACACAACACAUCUGGAGAUAAUUGUGAUGUUUGUGCUAAAGGAUACUAUGGAAAUGCCCUAGGAGGUACAGCGUAUGACUGCAAACGUUGUCCUUGUCCCAACGAUGGCGCCUGUAUGCAAAUUAAUGGUGAUACGGUGAUCUGUACUGAAUGUCCUGUUGGAUACUUUGGUGCUCGAUGUGAGCAAUGUUCUGAUGGUUUCUUUGGAGAUCCUACUGGUUUAUAUGGGGAGGUACAAACUUGUAAAGCUUGUGAUUGCAAUGGUAAUGUGGAUCCAAAUGCUGUGGGUAACUGUAAUCGUACUACAGGUGAAUGCCUAAAGUGUAUACAUAAUACCGCUGGACAUUACUGUGAUGAAUGUUUACCUGGCCAUUUUGGGGAUCCACUCGCUUUACCACAUGGUCAAUGUGAUAGAUGUACAUGUUAUCCACCUGGUACAGAACAAAAUGAGGAAGGUAUUUCCAAGUGUGAUCAAGUAACUGGCCAAUGCCAAUGCAAACCGAAUGUAAUUGGUCGAGAUUGUGGUGAAUGUCAACCUGGCUUUUUCAAUAUUAUGUCUGGAAAUGGCUGCGAAAACUGCAUGUGUGAUCCUGUUGGUAGUUACAAUUCCACAUGUGAUAAAUUUACAGGUCAAUGUUUCUGCAAGCCUGGUGUGAUUGGACAGCAAUGUGAUCAAUGUGAAGUUUACCAUUAUGGAUUUUCCUCAGAAGGUUGCAAAUCAUGCGAAUGUGAUGAGAGUGGUUCUAAAGGCUUCCAGUGUGAUCAAUAUGGUCAAUGUCCAUGUAAUGAUAAUGUAGAAGGUCGCCGUUGUGACCGCUGCAAGGAAAACAAAUAUGAUCGCCAUCUUGGGUGUAUUGACUGUCCAGAGUGCUAUAACUUAGUUCAAGACGCAGCUAAUGAGCAUCGUGUAAAAUUACAAAAUCUAAGUGAUACUUUAAACGAUAUUGCUCGGACACCCGUUACCAACGAUGAUGAAUUUGAAGCCAAAUUAAAAACUGUGCAGGAGAAAGUGGACAUAUUACUUACUGAUGCAAAGUAUGGUGCGGGUGAAGGAGGUAAAACUUAUGUUGAAGUAUUAGAUGACUUACAUAAACGUUUGGAUGGCAUACGCACACAUUUAAACAAUGCUGAUGAGUUGCAAGAUGCAGCCAAUGAUGAAAUUGAAAAGGCACGUCACAACUAUACGAACGCACACGACAUUAUUGAAUCGGCUAAAAACGAACUGCAAACGGCUUUAAAUCUGCUGAACGAUGAGGGUGCAGUUGCAUUGGCUAAAGCGAAAAAUAAGUCCGAGGAAUUUGGUGUACAAUCGGAUCAAAUAUCAGUUAUUUCCCGGGAGGCACGUGGAAUGGCAGAUCGCUUGGAAUGGGAAGCAAAGGUAGAUCAAGACAAUGCCAAAUCUGCAAAUGAAGCUGUCGAAAAAGCUUACGAACUGGCUAAAAAUGCUAUUAACUUACAGCAAAAAGUCAGUGACGAAUUACGUUCUGAUGUACGCCUGGAAUUAAACACAGUUAAGCAAUCAUUAAAUGCUGCUAAUCAAACUACAAAAGAAGCCUCACGAAAAGCAAAUGAAGUCUAUGAUGCUGCAUUAACUCUACUAACAGACGUUAACGGACUAACAGCUCCGGAAAUAAACAUCAAAAAGUUAAAGAAAGAUGCGAUGGCAGCAAAUGAACAAGCCGAUCGUUUGCUGAAGCGCGUUGAUGAUAUAUCAAAUAGUAACGGAAAAAUUUUCGCUGAUUUUGAUGACGAAUACGAAUUAGCAGGUCUCAUUUUAGAGAGAGCCAAUAAACAGAAAGAAGACGAUGUAGAAUUGCUGAAACGUGCUCAAGACGCUUUUGACAAAGCCAAUCAUGCUGUGGAACAGGGAGAUAAUACUUUAAAAGAAGCCAACAAUACCUACCAUACAUUAGCUGGCUUCCAAUCCGACGUACAGAAAUCAUCUGAGAAAGCAGAACUAGCACUGAAGACUGUGCCCAGUAUCGAAACGGAAAUCGAAAACGCUGAAAAUUUGAUACGAAAAGCUGGAGAAGCAUUAACUGGCGCCAACCAGAACGCAAAUGAAGCAAAGAAAAAUGCUCAAGAAGCUCAGGAUAAAUAUGCAGAACAAGCUUCAAAGGAUGCUGAAAUUAUUAGAAAGAAAGCUAAUGACACUAAAGUGAGUGCUAGAAAGCUACGUGAUGAAGCUGAUCAACUCAACCACCGCGUCAAGGUGACUGAACUCGAUAUAAGUAAAUUAGAAGACUCCUCCAGCAAAGACGAUAAUUUAGUGGAUGAUGCAAAACGCAAGGUUGGGCAAGCUAAAGCAGAUACUCAAGAUGCUAAAAAACAUAUAGAUAAAGCUGUCAGCGAAUUGGCAGCCAUUAAAGAUGAAUUAGAAAAUCUAAGAGACAUAAACACAGAUGAUUUGAAUGAAUUAGAAUCACGUCUUGACACUGUUGAAGCCGAUAUAAAUCGUGUUAAUCUCACUUCACGUAUUGAAAAAUAUCGGGAUAUGCGCAAUGUACAGAAAAAGUGGAUUGAUAAGUAUGAGAAAGAACUAUUAGAGUUGGAGGAAGAAGUACUCAACGUACGCCUUAUAUCAGAAGCACUGCCACCAGGAUGUUUUAACCGCAAUAGAUUAGAACCUUAAGGAAUUUAAUGUUAAUCAACGUCGAGAAUGUUUGUGACAAAAUAAAAAAGUUAUAAUAGUUUAAAUCAUAAACUAAUUUAAUUAUAAGAACUAAAACUAUUUAAGUCAAUAUAAACAAAUUAAAUAAAGGUUAAAAUAAGCUUUAAGUAAAUAUUCAGUUCGUUGCGAACAAUUUGCGUCAUACUAUUUUUUUAAGACGAAUUGAAUAUUCAGCAAUUCUCAUUUGUGCAUUAUAUAUUUUCUCAGUAAAUACUCGUACAUGAAAACAAAUGCAUGAAUUUAAAAAUGUUUUAAUGUUAUAGCUAAUUUCUAAUAUAAUGUGUUGUUAAGUAAUUUUAAUUUAAUUUGUUUUUUAAUACCACUUUUAUACUUCUUUAUGUAUAACGUUUUCAUUAAGCAAAAAAAAAAAUAUAUUGUGCCAAUAAAUUGUAACAUUCGAAUGCCGCCUUAUUGAUAUAGUUUUAAGUACUUUUCUAAUAAAAUCUUAACAUUUUUUUGCAAUGUUCAUACCAGCAUAUGACAACUUUAAUUUUAUACAAGGUCUAUCCGUAGUAAUUGUGUAUAUUACUUGAAAAGUAAUAUAAUAAUAACAUUUUAAAGAUAAUCAAUAAUUUUAUUUCUUACUGUUCAUUGAUUAAUGUUAAAUAUAAGCAUUGAUUUUUUACAUGUACAUAAUUUAUUAUAAUAUAUAUGGAAUAUACUAAAU